AUGACCAUUGAAUCACAUCCAGCAUCUCGCGCCACUCCAAUCCAGACUUUACCUAACGAAUUACUGGCCGAGAUAUUCAAAGCAGGUGCAUCAGAACCAAGAGCAGGUAGUGCUGAUUGUGACAUUCCCUUCCCAUGCGUCGUGUCCAGCAUCAAUCGCCAUUGGCGAGAAGUGGCACUCAGUUCUCCUGAUAUUUGGACGAACGUGGUGAUAUCCAACAUCCAACCGUUCACCCUCCCGGCGCUGUGCAUAAAACGGGCCAGUAACAAGCCGUUACACGCAUUCAUUAAUAUAUGGGACGUCGAAAAUUUCCACUGCGCUGCAGUUUCCUCGCUGCUGAGACUUGGAAAUGUUAAUCGACUCACUAUAACGGCUACAUACUCGAUUCUGCGCAGCUGUUAUUUCGCUUAUUUUUGCCGAAUCAUCGAGAUAUGCUCGACGCAAUUGGAAUUUAUCGAGUGCACUUUCGUGGAUAACUCAGACGUAGCCCAUCUGACGGUACAUGACAGGAUAAUAACAGCAAUCAUCUACGCUUUUUUCUGGGAUAUCAGACGACCACACUUGGGGUCCUUGAAAUUGCAUGGUGUAGUAGGGAUCCUAAACUCCCCCUUUUUGGUCGCAAUAAGCUCAAGACUAUCCAUGUUAGACAAAACUCUGUCGCUAACCAAACUUUGCCUCGAUUUCGAUUAUGCGUCAGUUUCGUUUACGAAGCCGGAUUGGGCUGGUUUCAAAGGUCUUCUGUCCUGCUGCAAAUGCUUAGAAGAGCUUGUUAUGUAUGGUGAUAUACUCCCCUUACCGUUGGAUAUUAGCACACACAAUAUCAUCUCCCUCCGUUCGCUCCAUACGCUGGCGCUGCGCUGGCCAUGCGACGCUAAGAGCCACGAUCUCGAAAAACUGAUACGCUGCAUCAGAGCCCCUUCCCUGACAUAUCUCGAGCUUGUCGACGUGCAUUGUAACGAUCUCAACAACCUGUCCCGUAGCUCUCAUCUUCCAUUAUACCCCAACCUUCAUACAUUACGCCUUGGCCGCCAUGCCUCGCAAUGGGAGGUUCUCUGCCCCGAGUUUUACCAGUUCUUUUGCUCGGUGGGGGAACUCCAGCUAGCUAGGAGCGACUACCAUCACUUGUUGCCAGAGUCCCUCGAAGAUGAGGGCCAAUUGGCUUGGUGGCCCGCUCUGGAUAUUCUAUCAUAUGAUGGCAGCGAUUUCGACUGGCUUUAUGGUGUUGUGCGCUCUCGCGCCAGCUUAGGACGUCCUCUGCGGCGCGUCCAUUUAUCAAGGCAUCGUUUUCAGCGUGCACAACUGGACCGGCUGAAGGAAUGGGUUACUCUGGAGAGUAUGGUUGAUUGUGAUUCUGUAUUAAUAUCUGUCAAUCCCAUCGUAGAUCUGGAAGAUAUGCCGGAUAUGUCGUGUUUGCUGGAAGGGAUGUAG